AUGGACAGUGUUCAAUACGGCUCAUCUGGAAACGAGCCCAUUGCUAUUAUUGGAAGCGCCUGUCGGUUUUCAGGGUCCCUUGAUACACCUUCGAAGCUCUGGGAGGUCCUGAAAGAACCAAAGGACCUACUGACCAAGAUCCCGAGGAACAGGUUCAACGUUGAUGCGUUCUAUCACCCCAAUGGAUUGCAUCAUGGUACCUCAAACGUUACAGAAUCGUACAUGCUGGCCGAGGAUCCGCGGCUUUUUGAUGCGGCAUUCUUCAAUAUCAAGCCCAUAGAGGCACAUUCCGUUGACCCACAACAGCGACUGCUCAUGGAGGUCGUCUAUGAAUCUCUUGAAGCUGCCGGACUGCCUUUCGAGUCUCUUGUCGGGUCGCAGACGGGAGUCUACGUGGGCCUGAUGUGUGCCGACUUUGCCAACCAUUUGCAGCGCGACGUCGACGCGACGCCAACAUACAUGGGGACCGGCACCGCUCGCAGCAUAAUAUCUAAUCGAAUAUCCUACUUCUUUGAUUGGCACGGGCCUUCCAUGACCAUUGACACUGCAUGCUCCUCCAGCUUGGUAGCUGUCCACCAGGCGGUCCAACUCCUUCGCAGCGGCGAGUCUGAUCUUGCCGUCGCCGCUGGUGCUAAUCUCAUCCUUGGCCCAGAGCAAUAUAUUGGGGAGGCGAAGCUUAAGAUGCUGUCACCGGGAAGUCGGUCGCGUAUGUGGGAUGCUAAUGCGGAUGGCUAUGCCCGCGGAGAGGGUAUUACCUCUGUUAUUUUAAAGCGUCUUAGCGACGUAAUUCGGGACGGCGACCACGUCGAGUGUAUUGUUCGCGAGUCAGGUGUUAACUCGGAUGGACGAACUAAAGGAAUCACCAUGCCAAACCCACUAGCACAGGCUGAAUUAAUUGCAAGAACUUAUCGAAAAACAGGGUUAGACCCAGAGGAUCCGGGUCAACGUUGUCAAUAUUUUGAGGCCCAUGGGACUGGAACUACGGCUGGCGACGCAUGCGAGGCCGAGGGUAUCAAAAGGGCCUUCUUUGGGCUCGAUGAGACAAGCUCUUCACCAAAUACUCCUCUCUAUGUUGGGUCUAUUAAAACGGUACUCGGCCAUACCGAGGGAACGGCAGGCUUAGCUGGACUAUUAAAGGCAUCACUGGCGUUACAAAAUGGGACUAUUCCGCCAAAUAUGCUAUUCGACAAUCUCAGUGCAGAUGUUGCGCCGUUUUAUAGCAACCUGGAGGUUGCCACAAGGGCAAAGCCGUGGCCAAAGACGUCCGGGCCACGACGUGCGAGCGUCAACAGCUUUGGUUUCGGUGGCACCAACUCCCACGCCAUCCUCGAAAGCUUCGACAACGAGCCAGUCCGAACUUCCCAUAGUUUCAAUUCGAGAGUAUUCACUCCAUAUGUGUUCUCUGCCGGGUCGGAGGCGGCCCUUACAAAAAUGCUUAAAGCCUACUUGGCACAUCUCAAAGCCAACCCAUCGGUCUCGCACCGCGAUCUUUCUUAUACCUUGCACUCAAGACGGUCAGCACUGGGUGUCAGGGCAUCAUUUCCGUCUACGCCUUAUGAUAGACUGGCCUCCAACAUAGACAACUAUAUACAAGCCAACGAGGGAGUAGGAGCGACAGGCAUUGGCGUAAGGCCAGCGCCGUCUCAACCCCGUGUCCUUGGAGUCUUUACAGGGCAGGGUGCUCAGUGGGCCACCAUGGGUCGAGAGAUCAUCUUGGGAUCCGAGAAGUUGAGGGAGUCCUGGGAUGGUUUCCAACACGUUCUCAACAGCUUGCCAAAAGACCACCAGCCCUCUUGGUCACUGGUCGAAGAGUUGGCAGCCGAUGCUACGAGAUCUCGCAUCGGCGAAGCAGUCAUAUCCCAGACACUCUGCACUGCUGUUCAAAUCACUCUUGUAGAUAUCCUACGAGCUAGCGGAGUCGAGUUCCAAGCGGUGGUGGGCCAUUCCUCCGGAGAGAUUGCGGCGGCAUACGCUGCGGGCUUCAUUUCCCGGGAAGACGCACUUAAAAUUGCAUAUUAUCGCGGACUCUGUGUGUCUAGCUCAACAUGUCAUAAGAAGGGAGCCAUGCUGGCUGUCGGCACGACUGUGGAGGAUGCCGAAGAGGUCUGCAAUUUGGGCAAGUAUAAAGACCGCGUCUGCCUGGCCGCUUGCAACUCCCCGUUGAGCGUGACCCUCUCCGGAGAUGAAGACGCGAUUGAAGAGGCCAAGGUGCUGUUUGAAGAUGAAAACAAGUUUUCAAGACGGCUAAAUGUCGACCAGGCAUAUCACUCGCACCAUAUGAUUCCUAAAUCUGCUGGAUAUGUCGAAGCCUUGCGCGCUUGCAGCAUCCAACCUCGUCAGGGGAGGAAAGGCUGCCGAUGGUAUUCGAGCGUGAGCAAAAAUACUGUCAUAACUGCAAGUGACGCUUUGGGAGCCGAGUACUGGAAGGAAAAUAUGCUCCAGCCUGUUUUAUUUUAUCAGGCUAUUCGGACUGCGCUGAAAAACGAGGAUGGUUUGAACCUUGUUGUUGAAGUCGGUCCUCAUCCUGCUUUAAAGGGGCCUGUUCUUGAGACGUGGCGAAGUUCCCAUGACAAAGCACCCGCAUACACGGGCGUUUUGCAGCGCAACAUAGACGACAUUGAAGCGUUAUCUGCUGCACUUGGUUACAUGUGGUCUCAUUUCUCCACCCCGUUCAUAAACUUCAACGCCGUCGACGUGUUGCUUUCGGGAGAUGACGGGUGGAAUCUUGUUCCUUCACUGCCGACUUACCCAUGGGAUCACGAUCGCAUUUUCUGGCACGAAACUCGCCUCUUGAGGGCUUAUAAUGACCGCAACGACUCCCCGCAUUCGCUUCUUGGAACCCGUCUGCCGGAUGGGUUGGAUGACGAGAUUCGUUGGCGGAACCUUAUCCGACCUAGCGAACUCGCUUGGAUUCACGGGCACCAGGUACAAGGGCAAAUGGUAUACCCGGCUGCUGCUUACAUCUCUUCUGCCAUAGAGUCAGCACGCUUCCUUGGAGCAGGUGAAACAAUUAGCGUUAUUGACAUCCAUGAUUUUGUUAUUCGCAAAGCGCUCGUGUUUCAAGACGAGAGUUCCGAGGCCGAAUCAUUAUUUGCGCUAUCAGAUAUUGAUAGAAAGAUUCCGGAUCAGAUCUCUGCCACAUUCAAAUUUCAUGCUUCUACCAGUUCCAAGUCCGAUACAUUGGCCUGUCUCGCAACUGGGAGACUGAUUGUCUCGAUUGGUAUCUCUAGGUCAGUCGACGAGCUUGACCGCCAGCUGAGAAACACAAAACCGCCGUAUUUGUUAGACGUAACACAGGAUAAUUUCUACUCAUCUCUCGAAAAGCUUGGUUACCACUACACCCGCGAGUUCAGAUCCCUGCAGUCCAUGAAACGAAAGCUCGGCUACGGAGAGGCAAUCGCUAGGGUCCCGUCGCAAGAAGUAGCCGACUCUGUCCUCGUCCACCCUGCUCUUCUCGACGCCGCCUUCCAGUGCAUCCUUCUUGCAUAUUGGUGGCCCGGUGAUGGCAGCCUGGAUCAACUACAUGUUCCAACAAAAAUAUCCAGCAUCCGAGUCAACGCACAACACUGCCAACUGAACCUGGUUCCCGGCAAUAAAAUACCAAUCGUGUCUCGCUUAACACAGAAUCCGCUAAUCACUGGUGGCAUAGAGGGAGAUGUUGAUGUAUUUGUCCCCAAUCCGCAGUCCGGCUUGCUACUCCAAGUCCAAGGGAUAAAGGUGACACCACUGUCGGAACGAAGCCCUGAAAAAGACCGACAAUUAUUCUGCAAACACAUAUGGGCUCCGGCACUACCCGACGGAUUUUUGGCAGCAGAUAAUCGUGCUUCAGCUGAGGACGUACAGCUUGCCGCUGAUUUAGAAAGAAUUUCACUCUAUUACAUGAACCAAGUUAGCAGAGAUACUCCAGAAGACAAGCGCGACACUCUAUCUUGGCAUCACAAGGCCAUGUUUGACUGCUUCGGUCAUGUCAUCCAUCAGAGUCGGAUUGGAAGGCAGCGAUUUACGGAGAGAGAGUGGCUCAAUGAUACAUGGGAAGAUAUCGCACAAAUUAUGGAUAGAUACCCUGACAGCAUUGAGAUCAAACUAACUCGUACAGUGGGCGAGCACCUCACUGCCGCAGUGCGAGGCGAAACAGAAAUCCUCCAGCACAUGCUAGACGAUGACUUGCUUAACCGGUACUAUGUUGAGGCCAUGGGGCUUAAAGAUGCCACCAGCUUUCUUUCUAGAGUAAUAGCCCAGAUUGCCCAUCGUUAUCCUCACAUGGACAUUUUGGAGAUCGGCGCCGGUACUGGAGGAGCCACAAAGACCAUCAUGCGAGAUAUCGGGCGGUCUUUCGCUUCCUACACCUUCACUGAUGUUUCCAGCGGGUUUUUCGAAAAGGCUCGUGAGGUAUUUGCCGCUCAAUAUGAAUCAGAAAAAAUGACUUUCAAGGUCCUUGAUUGCGAAAAGGAUGUGGUAGAGCAAGGCUACGAGGAGUAUUCCUACGACCUAGUCAUUGCCUCCUUGGUCCUACACGCCACCCGAGAUUUGCAAAAGACACUGACAAACACGCGUCGUCUACUCAGACCAGGGGGAUAUCUCGUGAUUCUUGAGCUCACAAGCAAUGAUGUUGUCUGGGUAGGCUUUGCGAUGAGCGGCCUGCCCGGCUGGUGGCUAGGACAAGACGAUGAUCGAAAGUUCUCUCCGUGCGUCUCCUCACUGGCCUGGCACAGCAUAAUGAUAGAAACAGGCUUCUCCGGCAUUGACACUUCAACUCCCGAAGUUGAUACGCUCGCCCGACCCUUUUCCGUUCUCGUCACACAGGCCAUCGAUGAGGGCACAAAGGCAAUACGAGACCCUUUGCGCCACUAUGGCUCCUUCUUGCGAGAGAAAUCUAACCGGGAUCUUGUCAUUAUUGGUGGUGCAACUUUAACCACCAAGGUCUUGGUUGACAGUCUUUUGCAACUCAUCCAGCCUCUUGACUUCUCCAUCAUACACUGUGCAUCAUUGGAGGACCUGGCCGCGUCUGCCAUCCCUGCAACGGCACUCGUUCUCUGUGUAACGGAACUGGACUCUCCCAUCUUUUGUCAUUUUUCGAGUGAGAGAAUGAGCGGGCUGCAAAGUCUGUUCGACUACCAGAGAACCAUACUAUGGGUGACUCAGGGAUGCCAAGCCGACCAGCCUUACAUGAACAUGAGUGUUGGGCUGGGGCGCAGUCUCGCACUCGAAUUCCCAGAUGUUCGGCUGCAGUUCCUUGACAUUGACAAUUCCCGCAAGCCCGACGCUAGACUUGUGGCAGAGACUCUAUUAAGACUCAACUUCACUGACACCGAGGGGAUUCUAUGGUCGGUUGAGCAAGAGAUGGUCCAGGAGAAUGAUCGAGUCAUGAUCCCCCGACUGAUUGCUGAUAAGGAUGCCAACCGUCGACACAAUGCCGCAAAUAGGGUCAUAACAGAUGAUAUUGAUCCAGGAUCGACUUCACUCAGAUUACACCGGUCAAGUGCAGGCUACAGCAUCUAUGACAGCAACAUCAACAUUUCUUCAGGCGAGGUCAUGAUUCAUGUAAAGAAAGCGACGCUGCUUCCAAUACUGGGCAAUCUCCACGGCAUCUUUGGGAAGAAUGAGCUAACUGGAAAGUCUGUCAUGUGCUUCUCAGCCGUCAAUGGUUCCAUGGUCGCUGUACAGGCUGAACAUAUGGUAGAGCUCUCCGUCACCGCAGGCGACGAGGCCCGAUUGCUAGGCCUUCUACGCCUCGAGGUCCAAGUGAGCCAGGUUUUAGAUGUACUGGAGCCCGGUUCCACGGUGGUUAUCAACGAACCUACUCCAAUUCUUGCACAAAUGCUGCAUGAGCGGGCCUUUGAAAAGGGCAUACAUGUAUUUUUCACCGAGUCCGCCGCCGCGUCUGCCGUCGCCGCUCUGCCGCAACUGAGAGUGAACAAUGCUUCACCGAAAAGGCUUAUAAAGUCAGCCUUGCCUACAAACAUCUCUGCGUUUAUAGAUUGCUCUUCAGACCCUGAGGGAGUUGCGAGACUAGUAGAGCCCUGCCUUCCGGACCACUGCUGGCGUACGAGCCUGUCAGCCAUUCAACACAUGUAUUCUGGCACCAAGACCCCUGGGAACGAUAGCUUGUCGGAUCUCCUUCGGCGUGUUAUUUCGCAUUACUCCCCAUUAACCCCCAUUACUGUCACCAUUGCAAACCCGAGAGAUGUGGUAGCGAUGGGUGGUUCUUAUGAAGCUGGCACCAUUGUCGACUGGAAGGCCACUGCCUUGGUGCCUGUGAGGCUCACAUCGGUCAAUGAUCAGAUCCGAUUUGACGAGAAUAAAACAUACGUUUUGUUCGGGUUAACAAGUGAUCUGGCGACUUCGUUAUGCGACUGGAUGUCCUCCAGGGGCGCUCGAACCAUUGUUCUCACCAGUCGGAACCCGAACAUUGAUGAGAGGUGGCUUGAAGAGAUUUCGAGGGCAGGAGUACAUGUCAAAGUAUUUUCCAACGACAUCACGGAUCAAACUGCUGUUGAGGAGCUCGUCGCAACGAUCCGUCGAGAAUUCCCCCCGAUUGGCGGCAUUAUGAAUGGCGCAAUGGUGCUUCAAGAUGUCCCAUUUUCGGAGAUGUCAUUCGAGAUUAUGGAAAAAGUCUUGAGACCCAAGGUACUAGGAACGAUGCACCUGGACCGGCUAUUUCGUGAUGAUAGUCUGGACUUCUUUGUCAUGUUUUCCUCCAUAGCGGCCGCAGCAGGUAACCGCGGUCAGUCCAACUACAGCGCCGCAAACAUGUUCAUGGUCGCUACCGCCAUGGAACGCCGCCGUCAAGGUCUUGCAGCCUCGGUCCUACAUCUCGGCGCCGUCCUGGGCGUUGGAUAUAUCAUGCGAGAGUUCGAUGAGACUGUUCUUCCCACUAUCCUCCGCGGAGGAUUCAUGUGGAUGGAGGAGCGCGCAUUCCAUCAAUGCAUUGCCGAGGCAAUUCUUGCUGGAAGGCCACAGGCCGGACGAAACCCGGAAAUCAUCACAGGCUUGCGAAUGAUUAAUGCUGAUGAUGCAGAACCUGUGCCUUGGAUUAGGAACCCUCGCUUCCAGCAUUAUAUAAACUGGGGUAGUGAUGGAAACUUGAAGAAGACGAUGCAAAAUGCUGCUGUCCCCUCAGAAACUUGGAGGAGAUGUCGCAAAUUAUACAAGGCAAAUGGCUUUGUUGGCAAGCUCCAGGCCGCCUUGCAGCUUCAACUGGACGAAAAUUCUGAGGAAUUCAACAUGUCGAAUAUGAACGCGGAUGAUCUUGGGAUUGAUUCCCUCGUUGCAGUGGAAAUACGCUCUUGGUUCCUCAGGGAAAUGGAUGUCGAUAUGCCAGUAUUGAAGAUCCUGGGCGGCGCCUCUCUCGCGGACUUGAUUACUUUUGCGCUUGAGAACAUCCCUUCCGAACUAAUUCCAAAGCUAGCAGCUGUGGAAACCCAGCCAAUGGCUUCCAAUGAGUCGGAGCUGCAAAAAACGCAGCUCACGCCCUUGGUGGCAUCGUCGGGCUCAAAUGGCUCUGUCCUGGCAAGCAUUGACAACCUCUCCAGGUCUGCAGAGUCGUCUAUAGCCAGCUCCUCGUCUGAAAGCCCACUGCCGGAAAGCGAGAGUGAACCUGGGGAUGCAGGGCUAAAGUCGCGUUCCUUCGAACACAAGCCAGCAUUCACACAUGAGGUUGAAAGGUCGGUGCCCAUGUCGGCGGGCCAGUCUAGAUUCUGGUUCUUGAAACAUUUCGUGCAAGACCAAACUACUUUCAACAUCACAUUUUCCAUGAAGAUAAAUGGAGAGUUGAACGACCACAAGCUUGAGGCGGCCGUAAAAGUAUUGGGUCAUCGCCAUGAAGCAUUGCGAACCGCCUUUAUCACCCAAGGAGACCAGAAUUUACAGUGUGUCCUCAAAAAUUCCCUUCUUUGUCUUGAAAAGAGGACAAUACGAGAUAUAUCUCAAGUUGCGCGAGAGUUUGCAGACCUGAGGGACUACAUCUACGAUAUUCAACACGGCGAGACGAUGAGGAUGCUUCUCCUUUCGCUAAGCUCAGAGCAGAGUUUUCUCAUCAUCGGGUACCAUCACAUCAACAUGGAUGGUGCCAGCUUGGAAGUCUUUCUUGCAGACCUCGAGAAGGCGUACACUGGAAAACCACUAGCCCCAAACCCUCUCCAGUAUCCAGACUUCUCACUGAGGCAGAGUCUGGAGCGUAAAGAGGGUAAGCAUAGCCGAGAGCUCGACUUUUGGAAAGCCAAGCUGGACGAAUGCCCUACGUGCCUGCCCAUCCUUCCAUGGUCGCUAACAAAGUCUCGCGAACCCAUUCGUCGGUACGAGCAUACCAAAGUGACCAGGUAUAUCGAGGCAGAUCUUUCCUCAAGGAUCAACCAUAUGUGCCGUAAACAGAGAGCAAGCAUCUUCCACUUCUACCUCGCUGUCUUUGAAGUGAUGUUGUAUCGGUUGCUAGACGCGCCAGACAUGUGCAUCGGCAUGGCUGAUGCCAACCGUUUCGAAGGCAACCUUUCGGGGAGCAUUGGCAUGUAUCUGAACCUGAUCCCACUGGUGGCUCACCUUAAGCCCAGCCAGUCCUUUCGCGACGUCCUGAAGGAGACCAGACGCAACGCAUACGAGGCAAUGGCCCACUCUAAGCUGCCAUUCGAUGCACUGCUGGAUGAUCUGAAAGUAAAUCGAUCUAUAUUUCAUUCUCCUCUAUUUCAAGCGUUUAUCAACUAUCGUGCCGGCGUUGCUGAGAAGCGAACCUUUGGUGGGCUUGCAGCCGAGGCUGGAGAGACGGUCGCUGGGAGAACGGCUUAUGAUAUCUGCCUCGACAUCUAUGACAACCCUGGUGCAAGCACGAGAAUUGAUAUUGUUGUCCAGAAGCAGCUGUAUUCGGUUGAGGACGCUACUAUCUUGACGGAUUCCUAUUUUCAUUUGAUGAACUUCUUCUCCGCCAAUCCGGAUGCAUCGUUGAGUGAGCCAACAGUUGGCUUUGACGAGAGCACUUAUGACGAUGGCCUGUUAGGCAUUGGGCCGGUUUGCGAGUCACAAUGGCCGGAGACGCUGGUUCAUCGAAUUGAUGACAUGACUGAGAACUAUCCUACCAGUGUUGCGCUCAAACAUGGAAAUGACGUGUGGAACUACAGACAAAUGGCAGUCCGGGUCAACUCCAUUGCCUCGGCGUUAAUCAACCUUGAACUGUCUCCCAAAUCGAUUGUAGGAGUUUUCCAGGAGGCUGGUCCAGAUUGGAUCUGCUCCAUGCUGGCGAUCCUGCGUGUUGGGGCAACUUACAUUCCUCUAGACACCAGCACGCCUGUACCUCGACUUGCCAGCAUGGUAAACGACUGCCAGCCCGUUGCCGUGAUUGUUGACGAGGCUACUUUCCCUCAAACUACGGGCCUCAACCUGCGACAAGAAGCACUCAUUAUCAGCACAGCGGACAUCUCAGAGUCGGGCGGGAAUAAAGUGCCCGUCAAGGCAAAGUCCGAGGAUGCCGCCGUCAUUCUAUACACGAGUGGAACUACCGGCAUUCCAAAAGGCGUUGUGCUCUCCCAUAAUGGGCUGCGCAACUAUCUCGAAUGGGAGAACAUGUCAGGCCAGGAGAUUGUGCUGCAGCAUAGUGCGCUGGGUUUUGACCUGGGGCUCUGGCAGUCACUGGUUACUCUCGUCUACGGAGGAUCUAUUGUAAUUGUCCCGCGUCCUCUCAGAGGCGAUUCGGUUGCCAUUACAAAACUCAUUGCCCAAGAGAAGAUCACCUAUGUCGGCGCAACCCCAUCCGAGUAUCUUGGCUGGAUCCAAUAUGGCUUUUCGAAUCUCAGCCAGUCUACGAGCUGGAAGUAUGCCAUGUCGUGCGGCGAGCCGUGUCCCAGAAAGUUGAUUGAGGACUUUGGCAAGCUCGGUCUUCCCGAACUGCAUCUAUGGAAUUCAUACGGGCCAAGCGAGGCAACAAUGGGAUCAAACGCUCAAGAGAUUCCUCUUGGAGAAGGUGUUGUGGACAGAAUUCUCGCCGGGCCGGCAUUGGUGAACCGAGCAGUGCACAUUGUCGACGAGGAUUUGAAGCCGCUUCCGAGAGGUGCAACGGGCGAGAUUUGCAUCAGCGGUGCUGGGGUGGCCAUGGGAUACGUCAACAACGAUUUGCUUACCAGGCAGGCGUUUGUCACCAACCCGGUGCCUCCGGCCGUUUUCGAGAAGAAUGGCUGGACUAGGAUGUAUCGAACUGGUGACAAGGGUCGAAUACUGGAACGAGGCUCUCUAGAAGUGCUUGGUCGGGUCAACGGCGACUCUCAGGUCAAGAUUCGGGGCGUUCGCAUCGAACUGCAGGAUAUAGAGAGCACCAUCGUGCGAGUUUCUAAUGGAGCCCUUGCCAACGCCGCCGUCACGCCCCGGGGAGAUGCUCCCAUCCUCGUAGCUCACGCAGUCUUUGCAAAAGAUGCCGAAGUCGAGGACCAAACCCAGUUUCUGCAGCGGCUGGCGGUCUCACUACCUCUACCACGGUACAUGCAUCCUGCAAUUAUAAUCCCAAUCAAGGAUUUACCCCUGACCAGCAACGGGAAGCUUGACCGGGCAGCUAUUGAGAAGCUGCAGGUUUCAAACGGCACUGAGCGAGCUACAGGGGCGGCCAAGCUUGGGAACGUCGAGCGCCAACUUCGCGAGGCGUGGGAGGAGGUGAUUUCAGAAGAAGUCCUGCAACACUACACCGUCGACCGGGGCAGCAACUUCUUCCAUGUGGGCGGUAACUCAUUGUUGCUCAUCAAGCUGCAGCACUUGAUCAAGACGCGGUUCGGAGUAGCCCUUCCGGUGGCCACUCUCUUCGAGCAGAGCACUCUCCGGGCCAUGGCGGCCGUCAUCACAGACGCCACCUAUCUUGAAGCCGCGGAGACGGACUGGACGGAGGAAACAGCCUUGACCAAGCACGUGGUGGAUGCCGGCCCCUUUAUCCCCGCCGCAACCAAGUCGACAAGGGGCGUCAUAAUCAUGACGGGCGCCACGGGAUUUCUAGGGCUGGAGUUGCUCAAGGAACUCGUCGAGUCCCCCAGCGUGACCAAGGUUCACUGCAUUGCAGUCCGCAGUCAGGCAAAGCUAGGUUUGUUUCUCGGCUCGCCCAAGGUCACACUCCACCAGGGCGAUCUCAGUGCUCCGCGAGCAGGACUCUCGGUACAAGCUGCAGAGGCCAUAUUUGGCGAGGCUGAUGCCAUUGUCCACAGCGGUGCUGAUGUGUCCUUCCUGAAGACAUACCAAACGCUCCGACCAGCCAAUGUCGAGGCCACCAAGGAGCUCGCCAGGCUCGCUCUCGUCCAUAAUGUGCCGUUCCACUACAUUUCCACCACAGCCACGGGCCGUCUGAACAACCUGGAUACCUUGUAUGAGGUUUCGCUGGCCGAGAAUAUGCCUCCUCCGGGAUAUUCAGACGGGUAUGUGGCUGGAAAAUGGGCCAGUGAAGUCUUCCUAGAGAAGGUCCAUGAGCGUCUCGGGUUGCCCGUUUGUAUCCAUCGUCCGAGCAGUAUCACGGGCCCAGCCGCAAGCGAACUGGAUGUGGUGAACAGUGUCAUCAAAUUCUCUCGACAGCUCAAGGCCGUACCGACCUCGUCACGAUGGCGUGGAUCACUCGACUUCAUCAGUGUGCAGAAUGCGGCCAAAGGCAUAGUCCGAGUAGUGACGGGAUCUGAUCAGGAGACGAAGCUCAAGUAUCUACAUCAUUCCGGGGACGUGAUCAUUCCCAUUGACCGGCUUAGACAGCACAUGCAGGAGGAGGAUGGAAUCGAGUAUAGGGAGCUGAGCUUGUCGGACUGGACCGAGUUGGCAGUUGGGUUGGAGAUGAAUGUGUUGAUUGCAGCAUACCUUGCUGCCAUUGACGAAAUGGACCUGGAUGUUGUUUUCCAGAAAUUGAUCAAGCGUGAGGUGGGGGAGGGAUGA